CUCGCAGUAGUCAGUGCGUGAAGUAAGCACCCGGUAUAUCUAGCUCUCCGUCGUCUGUUUCUGCUCUCUCGAGACUUGUCCGCAGGAAGAAGAUAUAACAAGAACAUCCUCUUGUACAGAUUCAUUUUUUUGUAUUAUAAGUGAACUCCAGCAAAAGUUUGUGCAAAAAUGGCCUCAGGAGUGACCGUAUCAGAUGUAUGCAAAACGACAUACGAGGAAAUCAAAAAAGACAAAAAGCAUCGCUAUGUCAUAUUCUACAUCCGCGACGAGAAACAAAUCGAUGUGGAGGUGAUCGGUGAGCGUAACGCCGAGUACGACCAAUUCCUCGACGACAUCCAGAAGGGUGGUCCAGGCGAGUGCCGAUAUGGGCUGUUUGACUUUGAGUAUAUGCAUCAGUGCCAAGGCACCUCGGAAAGUUCCAAGAAACAGAAGCUGUUCCUCAUGUCCUGGUGUCCAGAUACUGCUAAGGUCAAGAAGAAGAUGUUGUACUCUAGCUCUUUCGACGCCCUGAAGAAGUCGCUCGUCGGCGUUCAGAAGUACAUUCAGGCUACCGAUCUUUCGGAGGCAUCACGGGAAGCCGUCGAGGAGAAGCUGCGCGCCACUGAUCGUCAAUAAGAUUAUCCUUACUUAAGAUUACGCACACAAGAAGAAAACAGCAGGAAGAAGCAAACAAUACACGACAUCAAUAACAACAGCAAUAGCACACAGACACACACACACACACACCAAUACAACAACCAGCACCACUAUUCAACAAGAAAGAACAGAAAACAGAAUACAUUUGAACAUUGGUAAUAAUCGAUUAAAGAGAACAUCAAAGCAAAAAGUUCAUUGAAUAACACUUGGAAAAGAAAAAAAAAACACUUUAAGGAAGAGUAAAAAAAUAAGCAGACUAAGCAAAGAAAACAUAAAAACGGUACUGUUGUCAGUAAACUUCCUUCGGAUUUUCUUCGCCAAAGGGAGAAGUUGAUCGCGAACAUGAUACUAUACUAAUAAAAGCAGACAACAACGGUCAGGACAAGUCAGAACUGUAACCAUGCUACCUUAUGGGGUGUGGGUGUGUGCGAGCGAGAGAGGAAGCGUUUCUUAGUAAGCAUUUAUUUAAGCGUGUGUUUAUUACCUCUCUCUCACCAACAGUAGGCCCCCGUCGUUUCAGUACUGUGUGUGUGCGGUCAUCAGCGGGAAGCAAACGUUUGAAAUACAGAAAAAUUCAAAAGAACAAUCGUAUUACAGUUAUGAUUAAUUUAAAUUAAAACAAUAAAAUACUAAUAAAAGAUA